CUCGGACACAACUCACCCUCAUUCUCCUCACACUGACUCCGAGACUCGCUCCGCAGUAGCCAUGCCGACUACCAUGCUGGGAAUGCUGGGAGUUCUCCUGUGUGUUCUGGCCGUGAGGGCCGACGUGAUGCCUCAGGCCGACUUCGACCUGCAGAAGGUCGGAGGGACGUGGUACCUGGUCGGCUUCGCCACCAACGCAGACUGGUUUGUGAGCCGUAAAGCAGACAUGAAGAUGGGGACGGUUACUCUGACCCCACAGUCCAACGGUGACCUGGAGAUGGACUACUCCAGCCUCAAGCCUGACGGCAGCUGCUGGACGAUGAACCAUCUGGCCAAAAAGACGGACAUUCCUGGGAAAUUCACGUUCAGCAGCCAGCGCUGGGCCAACGAGAAUGACAUGCGUAUGGUGGAGGUGAAGUACGACGAAUACUCCCUCGUUCACACCAUCAAGACCAAGGCUGGCUCCUCCUACAUCCUCAACAAGCUCUACAGCCGCACUCAGGAUCCGAGUCAGGCUGUUCUAGAUAAGUUCACCAAGUUCUCUCUGGAGCAGGGCAUCCUGCCCGAGAACAUCGCCAUCCUGCCCAAGAACGGACCGUGCUCCUAAACCGCUGACGCUCACUCCAGAUCAACGGCUCUGAAAGGUUCUGCUGAAGCUGGAACGUCUUCUUCAUCUUCAUCUUCAUCGUUAUGAUUAUUAUCUCUGCUGCUUCUUCUUCUUUCGGCCCUCCACUGGCUGUGACUGUGCGCUGCUCCUGUUUGCUCUAAUAAACUCAGUGACGUUCACUCCUCACUCUUCA